AGUUCUCCCCGGGCCUGCGUGGGUUUUCUCCGGGUGCUCCGGUUUCCUCCCACAUUCCAAAAAUAUGCAUGGCAGGCUGAUUGAACACUCUAAAUUGUCCCUAGGUGUGAGUGUGAGCGUGGAUGGUUGUUUGUCUCUGUGUGCCCAGUGAUUGGCUGGCAACCGAUUCAGGGUGUCCCCCGCCUACUGCCCGGAGACAGCUGGGAUAGGCUCCAGCACCCCCCGCGACCCUAGUGAGGAUCAAGCGGCUCGGAAGAUGAAUGAAUGAAAGCUGUAUUGUAUUGUAUUGUAUUCCCUUUAGCUUAGCUCCACCCCUAUUGUAGCGACUACGCACCUUAUAAUGUGGUGUGCCCUCUGCAUGAUAGGCCAUUAAUUGAAGUGUGCCUUAUACUCCGGAAAAUACGGUAAUUUUCUUGACCAAAGUUUGCACUAAAAAGACCCUAUGUUAUUACUCCUAUUUAUGCCAAAAUGUGCAACUGAGAUCACUGAAUUAACAAGAACAAGUAAUAAUGCACCUGUGAUGGCGCAAGCAAGGCAAUAUGCAUAUAGAUGAGGCAAAAUCUUUGACACCUUUAACAUAGUUUAGCGUCCAUUUCACCACAUAAGACCUCCUGUAAAAGUCAUAAACAGGCUCAGUUUUAAACAUAACAACCUUUACGUGGCCAUAUUUUAAAACAAUGGAGAGAGAAUCAAAACACCCGUUACAGAAUUCUCUGUUUUGCCGGGAAAGCGCAGCUUCGUCACACCUGCCCCGCUUCCUAGAGUUAACAACGCAGGAUAUCAUGAGUUUUAAUCACUAUGUGCCAAAAUUAAUGUUAACCUGCGUUUGGCGGAUUGGCGAGUGUUAAUUAACAACCCUGGAAGUUAUCUAAAUGUAUUUGUGUCUCCGUAACCUGAGAAGAGAGUGAGUAAAGAAGGAUCAAAGAAACGUCAGAGAAUACCAUGGUUGGGAUAUAAAGGAAAAAUAAGACAGGCAAAACACUGCAUUACUUGGCACUUGCAUCCCAAAGCCUCUGCCUCCUUCAACUCUUAUCUUUUUUUUUCCAUUUUCUGUCCUCCUUGCUUCUCGGCUUUCGUCUUUUUCAAUUGGCAUCUCAUCCUCUCCUUUCCCGCCUCAUCCGCUUGUUCCCUCUAAUGGAUGGUGCUAAUGCCCUUCAUCAGCAAAGCAUGUCUGCUUCCUGCAGCUGUGGGAUACACCACAGCCUAGAUGAUCCAUCUAGUCAUUCCUCAUUUCAGUAAUUUCAUUUAUUUAUUUUAGUAUUAUAAAGUGCUCUUCAUGAGUAUAGCAUGUUCUGAAUACAGCAUGAAUGACUGCGUAUGUGUGUUUCCAUUUUAGGUGUGGUUAUGACCGCAUAUUUUAUGCUCAUAUUGUGUCGACACCAAUCUUAUGCAUCCGACGUUAAUUGAAACAGUAACACUUCAUCGUAAUUGUGACGCGGGCAAAAAGUUGACCUCUUCUCAGGUAAAUGGAACUGCAGGACAGGAGUCGCUCCCCGUCCCGCAGGACCAGCAGGGUCGAGCAGGUAGUGGGCAGAUGGCUGAGACGUUCCCGAGAUUUGGGCAGCAGGUCUUUGAGCAGAGACAGAGUUGCGAUAGAUGGGAGAUUGGCAGAGUCCUUUAGCACAGAGAGGAGGAACUAUCCCUUCCGCUUGAAUGUUUUGAUCCAAAAGGACCCAAAACUCAAAACUCAUGGCCUCACUCUUUCUUCCCAGCCACCUAUCUUGGUACAAGAGGUCACCCAAGGUGGUCCUGCAGAUGGCAGGCUCUUCCCCGGCGACCAGCUUGUGAAGAUCAAUAAUGUUGCUGUCGAUGACCUGACCCCUGAGCAAGCUGCUGAAAUUAUCAGAGAGUGUCAAGAGUCAUUGUCUGUGACUAUACUCAGAACAAUGCUGGGUCCUAAGUCAUCAUUUAUCACGGCUGAGAAGAGGGCCAAGCUCAAGUCCAAUCCUGUAAAAGUUCACUUUGCUGAGGAGGUGGAGGUCAAUGGUCACUCUCAGGGCAAUUCGCUGCUAUUCCUGCCUAAUGUCCUGAAGGUGUAUCUGGAGAAUGGGCAGACCAAGGCCUUUAAAUUUGAACCCAGCACGACAGUCAAGGACAUUGUGAUGACACUUAAGGAAAAACUUUCUCUGAGAAAUAUUGAACAUUUCUCCCUGGUGCUUGAGCAACUAUACAGUGUCACGAAACUACUUCUACUACAUGAUGAUGAGAAGAUCCAACAGGUGGUCCAGAAGAAGGAGUCCCGUGACUUCAGAUGUCUAUUCCGUGUUUGCUUCAUUCCAAAACUACCUGAGACUCUGCUACAAGACGAUCAGACUGCCUUUGAGUACCUUUACCUGCAGGGAGUGAAUGAUGUCCUGCAAGAGCGUUUUGCUGUGGAAAUGAGGUGUAACACCGCGCUGCGACUUGCCGCCAUUCACAUCCAGGAGAGGCUGGCAAGCUGUGGACUGUCCCCGAAGACGAGCCUAAAGAUAGUCACUAAGACGUGGGGCAUCGACAACUUUGUUUCAUCCACGUUGCUGAGAAACAUGCGAGAAAAAGAUUUGAUGAAGGCCAUUAGCUUCCAGCUGAAGAAGAGCCAAUCCCAAUAUGAUUCCAAACAGAGGGGCCUGACAGUCAACCAAGCACGCAUAAAUUACCUGGAAGAACUGAGUGAGCUCAAGUCUUAUGGUGGGAAAUCUUUUAGCGCAACUAUGAUGCUGCAGGACAGAGAGUCCACAGUGACACUGUUGGUGGGUGCCCGUUAUGGAGUGAGCCAGGUGAUCAACCACAAACUUAGCAUCCUGUCCACCCUCACAGAAUUUAACAACAUCACACGCCUCGAGCUCGUUCCUGAGUCCGACAAGGUCAGCUUGGUUAAAAUAUACCUGCAGGAUGUUAUGCCCAUAGCGCUACUACUGGAGACAGUUGCAGCGAAGGAUAUGUCAUGCCUAAUCGCGGGAUACUGUCGAGUAUUUGUUGACCCCAAUAUCAACAUCUUUCCCUGGAUGGACAUCCCAAAAAAGCACAGAGUGUCCGCUGAAGAAGGUUAUGUUUCACGUUGCGGGAGCGACUCUGACCACUCAUCUGAUUUAGACAUGGAGUCGCCUGUCACCCAUCCGUCUUUCAAUGCCAAACGCCGCCGACGCAUUGGCUCCUCUUCAGACCCAGAGGCAAGGAAAAGACGAGAAGGUCGCGCCAGGAAAAACAAGUAUGACAGUGAAUGUAGGAAUAACAAAUCAUCUGACAAGAGGCAAAAAGAAGAGAGUGCUGCUAACACAGAAAAAGAAAGUCAUCGACUUGAGUGUGAGAAUGAGGACAAACUGUUUAAGGACAAAGAAGCCCAAAGUAUUGGCCAUCCAGACAAGGAUUGUAUGAAACUUGAAAAUGAGCUGCAGGAAGCCAAGUUGGAAAGUGGAGUAGGCAAAGAGCAGCUUUCACCAGAUUCAUGUCAUACCGACUCUCGGAUUGUUACCAGCCCUUCCAGUGACUCCCUGGAACUCCUGGAGGAAGACGACUUGAUUUCCUGCUCCUCUUCCUCCAUGCAUCCAAUUGUUUCCGCACAAAAUCAUGCUCCAAUCUACUCAACCCUUGAAAUUCACCCCUACGCUCACAACCACUCGGAGGCCAACUUACUUGUUCCUCCACCUGCUCAUUCCCAUCCUCUCCUUCACGUCACAUCUUUCAAUAGCGAUGAAGGGGGCAACAGAAGGCCCGCUGACAUAGUUGAUCCCCAACACUUGGAAGCUGCCCCCACCGCUCUUGACAUUGACCUUAGCAAUCAGUCCGCCAGCUGUUACACUGAAGACGACAUAUGCUUCGCUGAGCUCUCUCGUCUUGUGGACCUCCUCCCGAGCCCUCCGGAGGCCAGCGAUGAUGAUGAUGAUGAAGAAAAGGAUUUGAGGAAAAGGAGAAAUAAGCUGAAUGACAACAAGGGGGAUAGACGAAUAUGUGAAGUAACACAAACGAGCAGUAUUAGGGGACACCCGCAGUCCCCAUCCUUGUCCUCAGCCUCUUCCCACUCCGACUUUGUGUUCAACUUUGACCAAAGAGAUGCCAGCUGCUACUACAAACUCUGCCCCAACAUCACACCUGACAGUGCUCGCAGCCUUUCCCGGCCUGAGAAAGAAAGACGGAGGGGAGAUGGGAAGAGGACAGAGGUAGAAAGCCAUCAAGCUCAUGAACUGCAGUCAGCUCCCAUCCUACAGCCACCACCUGGCUUUGGAGACAGCAGCUCUGAUGAGGAGUUCUUUGAUGCCAGAGAUGGCUUCACGUCACCGGAUGACACGGUUUCAGGCAUGGAGCUCAAAGAUAAUUAUACUGAUAUGAAGAUGGAUGGUGCCAACUCCUUCAAUCUUAGUGGCAUCACAGUCUCUGUGGGAGAUCCAAAGAAAGAUAGAAAAUCAGAAGAGGAACUCCAAAAACGAGACAAGGAGGAAUGUGGCAAAAAAGCAUUUGAUGAGCUGAGAAAAAGAUCCCGAAAGCGUCGUUCUUUCAUGGAAACAGAUUAUACCUCCAGGGUGUCAUAUCCAGAACACAAACCACCAUCGAUGCAGGACCGGGUCCAUUCCAUGCUCAGUAAAAACAUUGUGGCCAAAGGUUGUGAUGCCCAUACACUGAGUUCUGAGCCUGAACCUUCAGAACAAACCGAUAACCCAAGUCCUACUGUCUUCUCUUUGACUUACUCUGAAGGGGAACCAGUACAGCUUGAGUCAAAACCCAUUCCCUCCAAUAGUGGAACCAAUAAGCAAACUCCAGACACUUUGGCAACAGGAACCAGGAACAGGACACAUGAAAUGGAGAUGGAACCUGAUGCAAUGGAAUCAAAAUCUCUCACAGAUCACAUUAGGAUAGCAGCUCCUUCCAUCACUGUUGUGCGAUGUCGGGUAGAUCUAGAUGUCAGGGAGAGUUCUGAGGGGGAGGGUAGAGGUGAAAGACCAGAGAUAGAAAGAGAUCAGGAGAGGGUGGAAGAGAGAAAAAAAGAGGAAGAUCAGGAGCAAAGUGUGACAGGGAAUGGACCAUUCACUUCAGAUACAUUCUCAGUGAAGGUUACUGAGGACCAAGACAAUUCAAAAGGACCGAGUAACUGCAGCGAAGGUGAGGGCAAAGCUCUCACAUUGACUUCAUGGCUGGUAGAGUUGAAUAACAAGGGUGUCCACCAGAUUGCCCCUGUUCACAAUUCGCACACAGAAGAUGAAAUGCCUGAAGAUGACUCAACACUUGAAUCAUAUUGCCCCCCACCGCCUCCACCAUCAUCCCCUCUGGCUCCAUUGCCUCUUUGUCACAAAUCCCAAAGUUUACAUAGAGAAUGCACAGGAACCUCUACCGAAAUAUCCUCAUCCAACUCUGAGGAGGAACCAAACCAAGGCAACAACUCACAAUUACAUUUAGAAAUCACGAAAAAUGAAGAUGAACCUACUGAUGUGAUUACAUUGGCUACGACUGCUAGUGAUGAGGUUACGGACAGCAUAAAUUCUGAUGUUUUUGAUGAUGAUGACUUGACAAAUACUUAUAUUGAAAAAGAUGUUGACAGACAUGACUGGACAACAGAUUUAACUUGCAGCACAGGUGCCAAUUCAUCUACAGGAAGGGAUCAAUCUGACAUGACCAUUAAAUGUCUCAACAAUUCAACGACUGUAGCCCAUACAAAAAGUAAUCCUCAUUCUGAAUACUCACACACCAUACACUCCAUCACAACUAAGCUUGGAGUUGCAACAAGUGUCCCUACAUGCCCUACUUCAGGGGAUGGAUUGAAAACUGAGAUUUUAAAUGCUCUAUGUAUGACUGAAACAAUACAUACAAGUGCUUCUCCAAGUGCUGAUUCUAGCUCAUUUCAAGCGAACACUGCCAUGACCCAUGAGCUUGCCAAAGACCCUCCUCUGCCAACUCAUUUCAUCUUCCAGUCCUGUUCCCCUAGCAUCAUGGGCCGUUUGUCUGCCUCCACACUUCGAGGAAAGAUUCAAAAGUUGCCUCUUUAUUUAUCACGUUCCCAAGAGACCCUUAACCGAGUCGGGUGCGAGAAUGAAGCCCAAAGUCCUAUAAGGGACAGCAAGGCGAACAUUCUUAGCUCGCACAUUGUAAAAAACAAUCAUGAUGUCACAGAAAUCACAAAAAUGACAGAGUCAAGAGCUACAGAGACAGAGGUAGUGGAGUCAGAUGAUUCCGAUACAACUGUUACCGGACCUGAGGUAGAGUGUGAAUUCUUUGUUGAAACGGCCUCAACCUCUAACUCUAGUUUAGUGUCAGAAGUUAAGGAAACACCUACAAAAAUGUUAGUAGACCAUGAAAGUACAUCCUUACCUGUCCAGGUUGAACCUCAACCACAGCAUAAUCUUCUCCCUGAAGCUGACAAGAACACUCUGGGGCCAAUAACAGAGCCCCCAGUUUCCAUCCUCAGUAGCCUCCGAAGAGAUUCUACAGGCCUUACGCUGGACACUCCCGGUCCUAUAAUCAUACCCCCAGAGUCAAAGAUGAAAGAUACCACCCUCGGUGAAAGCAUUCCAGGUUAUAAAGUAAGUACUCGGUCAACCCACAGCCCUCCUCCGAUGGUGGUGACUACACAAAAUCUAAAUGGCCCUGGUCUACAUUUUCAUACCCAGUCACAAAUUGCACAACGGACCAGUACUGACAGGCCCUUGAUGGGUCUUUGUAGCCCAGCAGAACAAACAAUGGAGUCAUCGUACCCACUUUCUUCAGGCUGUAAUGUGUUUACCUUCUGGGAAGAUCCACCCCAAAUAUCAUCAGAGUUAGGGAGUACACUAAACUUGAAAACUGAGCUUGCGUGCACUUCUGUGCUAACAUCUAGAUGUGAGUCAGUAGUCGAGGGAUUAAAUAUGGAUGCUUGUGGUUGCCCAGCAGUCUACACCAACUGCUUCAACAGAGAGGGCAGCUUUGAAGAGGACUUGACCGUCUAUGAGUUCUCAUGCCAGGGCAGUGGUGAAACGCAAAAUUCAAGAUUACCCCUUCCACUUAUGAACGAUCCUCAAACAUCAUCCUUUCUUACAUCUUCUUCCACACACUCUUCCCCCUAUCCACACAUUCAACCCUCAUACCCAACGUCCGAGCUCAGUCCCCUCCUCUCACCACUAUCCGAUGCAGAGUAUCUCCACACUCAAACACAAAAAGACACCAUUAAUCGCCUUCGAAAGCAACGUUACCCAGAACCGCCCACUGGGUUCCAAGUUUUACGUGCGGACGUAGACCAGCUCCUUUCUGUCCUGGAAAAUAGCAGUGCUGACCGUUCUGGAGUUGGUCGAGGAGGUUGCCACCCAAGAGAAAUGUGUGCUUCCCACUUUACAGAGAACAAGCAAGUACUCCAAACCGAGGCAAGGCGAUUGACAGCAUGCUGCCAAAAGGUGGUGGCCAUCGACCAGAGUCCAGAGAAAAUGCUCAACUCUCUGGCUGACAGUUUCCGGACUCUUGUGGAGUUGGCGGGAGCAUGCAUAUGGUUUUCGAGUUGUGAUAGGUGUCAGCGGAGGAAUGCAGAAGCAGUUGCCGGUCUGCAAGAUGUGGCACGCUCAUUCAGGGACUUCUGUCUGGCAGCUGAGCGAACCGGCAGACACCAUAGCUGCCAUGACUUGAGCACCAAACUGUUAGCUAAACAGUGCACUGCCCUCACUGCAUCUGUCUUCUGCCUGACUCAAAUUUUCCGUACUCUCACUGCACUUUGAGGUAGUAACAGCUGCUGGUGCAAAAGCUCAGCUGGUAUGCUUAUGGGUGGAAUAGAAAUGUGCAUGUGUUUACUGACUGUAUGAUAUGCACAGACCCAACAGUCUGCCAGUAACCCACCUGCAACCUGCCUAAACAAAUCUGCUUGCAUUACAGUCUAGAUUUGUACUUGAAUGUAUGCUGUAUUAUUUCCAUUAAAUAAUUCAUUUGAUGUACGUCACAACAGUGUUUUAUAGAGUAAGCAAGGGAUGUAAAGCACAGUGUCAAACUCAUGGCCCGGGGGCCAGAUCUGGCCCGCCAAAUAAUUUUAUGUGGUCCACAAAAGCAAACCACGUGCCUCGACUUCAUGUUUCUUCCUAGCAAAAUGGGUUAUCGUUUUCAAGUCGAAUGUUACAAUAUUGCGUUGUCGUUUUUUAUUUUUUGUUACGAAACACACUUUUAAAAUUAGUUAAAAAGUAGCUGAACAAAGUUGUUUUCCUGGAUUGUAAUUUUAAAACUAGUUACCCAUCAGUUUGAUGUGUAUAUGGAAGAAUAUGAGGUAAUUUUACAAUUAUUCACACUCAUAAUGGUCCGCCGAAGGAAACCAAAACCAUGACAAAAAUGUGUUUGACACCCCUGAUAAGUAUAAGAACAUAGUUGUAAUUGUAAUACAUAGCUUUACUCUCUGGAGUUUUUGCUUGCGGCAGUGGUCGCCUUUCACUUUUGUUGCCCUGAGAUCCAAAAAUACUGUAGAAAGUUAGACACUGGAAUAAAAUAAAUGCUGUUUCACAAAAUUUAAAAAUUACACAUGAUUGGAUGUUUUUAAGUUUGCCAUCGCACUUUGUUCAAUUUUCUCAUUUUAUACCUUAGGGCCAAAAUAUUUAUUAAACGUUGUGUCCUGCAAUGUAUAUACAGUAUUUUUCCAUGAAAGCUUUCAGUGAGAAAUUCCUUGAAAGUUAUUGUUUACAAAACCAAAAACAGUGAGAGAGAUUCCGUGAACUCACACGAAUCAAGCCUAUAGCUGUGUUUGUGAUUUUAUGAACCAUUUUGCAGAAUGUUUGCAUUCAUGAUUAACCUGCAGUUAAGGUGAGUGUGUACAUUUCUUUAAAAUAUUCUUUUGUUUGGUAUGACUUUGGAAAGACUGUUUUCAUUGGUUCAAUAAUUUUCGCUUUCGCUUCCACCAGUAGAACACAAUGUUCUUGAUUGCGUGGUUAUAUUCGUCAACCAAUUGUGUAUUUGAAUUGGCAGCACUUUUGAGGGGGGAGGGAGGUGGUGAAAGAAAAUCUAUUUGCUUAUUUUAACAUUAAUAUGAACUCUAUGCAAAUGCAUUUUUAGAAAGAAUUUCCUAGAAUGUAAAAACUCUAGGGAACCCUGUCAACUGAUGAACGGUCGCAUUUGUGGGUAUCAGCCUUGUGUUUGUCCUACACUUAAUUGACAAAGCUUUAAGGAGGUUCAGAAAACACCAGUCACACUCUUGGACUGUUUCUUUUGGGUGGGGGGGCACACAUGAGCUUAUUUAUUUGUCAAAAAGUUGAUUGUACGUGCGACUGGACCAUGUCUAAAGAAUAUGUUUGACCGCAGAGGCACUGGGAACACGAGUCUUCAAUUGUAUAUUACUGUAUGGCUGUUGUACCUGAACACUGAAUUUCUCUGGAAUAUAAUAUAGUCUGACUGGAACUGUUACUUUCAUAUAAGAGUAAAUGUAUUUUUAUCACUUACAUCGUAUGUGCUCCAGAAGCAUGCAUUUAAAGCCAUACUCUGCGUUGUUGUAUCAGGGAUUGUAUCUGAAUGGCUGAUAGAUGACUUGUUGCCCUGCUUUGAACUGCUCUCAUGCACUAUUAAAAUUACAUUCAGAUGUGUGGGUGUGCGUGUGCUUGUGACGAUGAUUCAAAACAAGCCAUCAGACACUUUAAAGAGCAGUAUUCCGUUUAUUGUAUUUACAGUAUUUAUUUGAAUGCAAUCUGAAAUAAUGAAUAUGUGCGGCACUUUCUGAUACAUUGGGUGCAGAUCCCUGCAUUGCAAUAAAAGGUAACAUCAUAGUUUGUAGACAUCUAAGUUGAUGAAGGAAUUAUGAUGGUGAUCUGUAGUCAAAAAUGUUUUAUGUAAUUUAAAAUAAUUGAGAGGAAAGAAGCUGGACAUGUAUUUAUUUUGAUUGAUUUAGUGUUAGUUUUAGUUUCCAGAACAUGUAUAUUUGAUAUAUUCUGAAUGAUACACAAAUAAAUAUUU